UUGCUUGUUCUUUGAUAGGUUUUAACGCUUCUAAUUACCUCAGUAGUUAAUACUUCUUGUGUCCCUUAAUGCUUGUCAAAAUUAUCUUUUCUGGAUGUCCCAAAAAGUACGACAGUCCAUGUCAUUGGGGCAGAUAUAAAGCUAAUGAGUGAGAGUCCCUUUUUUGUUAUUCUUUUUGCAAAUUGCGUCAUUAUCUUUGGCUACCUUACUCUGGUUACACCUUUGUUUCUUAUAGAUGAUGGAUAAUUCGUGCACUUUGUCUCAUUGAAAAUAUGUACUAGCCUUCAUCUCGUAAUUUCAGUUCCAAGCUUUAUUGUACAUGGUGAUACUUCGUAGCUUGCUUCUAAAAUUAUAACAAUAGUGUCACAAGUCAUGUGAGCUGCAGUGCUUUUCACUACUAGUUUGCACCAAUCUUUGGUGAGCUUGGACUUGUGGACGGUGGUUGAGGACUGCAGAUCUGAGGUUCCAGUGGUGUAGCUUAGUUGUCUAUCUUUCCUAGCUGCCAGUAGGUGACAACCAUUGAUAACUUUGUCACAUCCAUGAACAUGAGCAAAGGUGCAAUUUCCAUCAGAAGUUGGGCCUUUAGGAAGGAAAAUAUCAGAAGAUGGGUGUAGCAAAAUGUGUAUUGUUCAGAUGGAUAUGUGGGAACACCUUAUGGGAUAUAAUUUGGAAUGAAGAUAUCCUGAUAAAGGUUGGAGUUGCAAAUAUGAGUAUAAGAUAAGGGAGAACCAACUACGUUGGUUUGGGGUUUUGGGCAAGUGCGACGUUGACCUGAUGCACCAGUAAGGAAACUAGGGAUAUGAGAUUAUGGCGAUUUUAGAAGAAGCUGACUGACACCAUAGAUGACUUGGAUUGAGCCUUGAGGUAGUUUAAAAUGAUAUAGCGAAAAUGGGUUUGUAAAGAGUACAUAGCAUUAGAUAGAAAUGAAUAUACGUUCACAUGAGACAAUGUUGUUGGUUCAUACAGCCAAAACCAUCUUUUGUAUUGAAUUUGCAUUGUUGUUUUGUUUGGUUGGUAGAAGACUGCUCAAACAAGUUUGAAGAUAUAUAUUUGGCAUCUUCAUAUCACGUUGGCAUUUGUAAGUUAAACCUUUGUCUUGAAUGAGAGCCUGUGUUCCAGCCCUAGGCUAAGCAUUAUGUUUUCCACUCUCAAUGUUUUGAUGCUUCUUUGUUCAUUGACCAAUCUUUUCAUAAUUAUGAAGUUUGAAUGAGAUAUAUUGAUGAUCUUUCGACAUCUAUAUGAAGUUGACUGUGACCAUUUUACCUUUUGCGAGUCGGACUUAUAUCUUGUGUCCAUACCCAAUUUGGUCGUGUCGACAUGGGUACGGCCAGGGUAAAUGCCAAGUUUGAGCAUUACAUCUUUUUAGUUGACCUUUUAAUCUAAGGCCGAUUAAUUCAAAUUUAGCGUGACUUGUCAUGCUAGAUGGUGUCGGAAAUAGGAGUUGUUCCUGCUGAUAAUGAGUACCCAUGGACUUGCUUCCCGUUGGGGUUCAUGUUCUUCGUUGAUUAGGUUUGCAGUCUCUUCCGGGAUCAUCACAGUAUUCACCAUGUGCUCUCUUUUUGAGUACAGUGAUAAAUCACUGGUGUUUGUGUACUUCUUUCUCUUUGGGUUGAGCACAAUAACACUUUCUUUCUUGAUUUCCACAUUUUUCACAAGAGCUAAAACAGCUGUGGCAGUUGGGACACUUUCAUUUCUGGGAGCCUUCUUCCCUUAUUACACUGUUAACGACCCAGAUGUAUCAAUAGUAUUAAAGGCUGCUGCAUCGUUGCUUUCUCCCACAGCCUUUGCAUUAGGAACAAUUAAUUUUGCUGAUUACGAGAGGGCACAUGUUGGAUUGCGUUGGAGCAAUAUAUGGCGUGAAUCAUCUGGGGUUAACUUUCUACUUUGUUUAAGCAUGAUGCUGUUUGAUGCACUAUUAUAUGGUGCUAUUGGUAUCUACUUGGAUAAGGUUCUCCCGAAAGAGGAUCAUGAACAUUUUUCAUGGAAGCUUAUAUUGCCUAAGUUCCUCCAGACAAAGAAAGAUAAUAUUAAGCCUUGUACUGUUGGCUCUGUGUUGAAAGUGGAGGGUACAAGCAUGGAGAUGAAGCAGCAAGAAGUUGAAGGCAGGUGCCUCCAAAUAAGGAAUCUUAGUAAAGUAUAUGCCUCGAGAAAGGGGAAUUGCUGUGCGGUUAAUUCUUUGCAGCUGACUUUGUACGAAAAUCAGAUUUUCGCACUUCUAGGACACAAUGGGGCUGGUAAGAGCACAACCAUCUCUAUGCUAGUUGGACUUACUCCUCCAACUUCUGGGGAUGCUCUGGUUUUUGGAAGGAAUAUUUUGACAGAUAUGAAUGGUGUCCGCAAGGACUUGGGAGUGUGCCCUCAAAGUGAUAUCCUUUUCCCAGAAUUAAGUGUGAAAGAGCAUUUGGAGAUGUUUGGCGUACUAAAAGGUGUGGAGGAUGACAUUCUUGAGAGUGUUGUUGCUGACAUGAUUGAUGAGGUUGGUCUCUCUGACAAAGUUAACACUCUUGUAAGUUGUUUAUCUGGCGGUAUGAAAAGGAAACUUUCCUUGGGAAUUGCACUAAUAGGAAAUAGUAAGGUUAUAAUUCUUGAUGAACCUACCAGUGGAAUGGAUCCCUAUUCAAUGCGCUUGACAUGGCAGCUAAUAAAAAAGGUUAAGAAAGGAAGGAUAGUAUUAUUGACGACACACUCAAUGGAUGAAGCUGAAGCAUUAGGAGAUCGUAUAGCUAUUAUGGCAAAUGGCUCUUUGAAAUGUUGUGGAAGCUCCCUCUUCUUGAAGCAUCAGUAUGGGGUUGGUUAUACCCUUACUCUAGUGAAGACUGCGCCAGGUGCCUCUCUUGCUGCAGAUAUAGUUCAUCGGCAUAUUCCGUCAGCCACGAUAGUGAGUGAGGUGGGUACAGAGAUAUCAUUCAAGCUCCCUUUGACAUCGUCAUCUAGUUUUGAGAGUAUGUUUAAAGAACUUGAAAGCUGUAUGAAGAGGUCAACAUCGAAUUCUGAAGCAGCUGCUGGUGAGAAUGAGUGUGCUGGUAUUGAUAGUUAUGGCAUCUCUGUGACAACUUUGGAAGAGGUAUUUUUGAGAGUGGCUGGGUCUGACCUCGACGAAUUGGAGUCUGUAGAUCAGAAAACAACUCUCCAUGAUUCUCUGGUUUCUCAGGCAUCUGAAUAUCAUCCUCCUGUUAAAAACUCCUUUGUAAAACUUUGUGGAAGCUACAAGGACUUUAUAGUGGUCAUGUGUGUUAUAUUGGUGAGGACCAUGAGAGUGUUCUUUGCUGCAGUCUGGUGUUUCUUUAACUUUCUAUGCUUGCAAUUUUGUUGUCCUUCCGUAUUUUCAAGGUCAGACUUUUGGCAGCACUCAAAGGCAUUACUUAAAAAGAGAGCAAUAUCGGCUAGGAGAGAUCAGAAAACAAUUGUUUUCCAGCUUCUAAUUCCAGCAGUCUUCCUGCUUUUUGGACUAUUGUUCCUAGAACUCAAACCGCACCCUGACCAGCAAUCUCUAACAUUUACAACUUUAAACUUCAAUCCUUUAUUGCAUGGUGGUGGUGGUGGUGCUCCACUUCCAUUUGAUCUAUCUUAUCCUAUCUCAGAAGAGAUUGCAUCACGCAUAGAUGGUGGCUGGAUUCAAGAGUUCAAAUUAAGUGCAUACAGAUUUCCAGAUUCAGAAAAGGCACUAUCAGAUGCCAUAGAGGCUGCUGGGCCAAAUUUGGGACCACAACUACUUUUUAUGAGUGAAUAUCUGAUUUCUAGCAUAAAUGAAUCCUAUCAGUCAAGAUAUGGGGCUGUUGUAAUGGACAAGCCAAAUGAUGAUGGAAGCCUGGGGUAUACUGUACUGCACAACAGUACUUGCCAACAUGCUGCGCCAACGUAUAUAAAUUUGAUUAAUUCAGCAAUCCUCAGGCUUGCUGUUUCUGAUAAGAACAGGACAAUCCAAACACGUAAUCAUCCACUACCAAUGACAAAAAGCCAACACCUGCAGCACCAUGAUUUGGAUGCAUUCUCUGCAGCAAUCAUUGUCACAAUAGCUUUCUCAUUUAUUCCUGCAUCAUUUGCUGUUCCUAUAGUAAAGGAGCGUGAAGUGAAAGCUAAACAUCAGCAGUUGCUGAGUGGGGUAUCUAUACUAUCAUAUUGGGUUUCUACCUAUGUGUGGGACUUCGUCAGCUUCCUCUUACCAUCAUCAUUUGCAGUUGUUCUUUUCUACAUCUUUGGUUUGGAUCAGUUUGUGGGAACUAGAGGUUUAUGUCCAACAGUUAUUAUCUUUCUGGAGUAUGGACUAGCAGUUGCCUCUUCAACAUAUUGCUUAACAUUUUUUUUCUCUGACCACAGUGUGGCGCAGAAUGUGAUUCUACUGGUCCACUUUUUUACCGGACUUGUUCUUAUGGUAAUAUCAUUUGUAAUGGGAGUUAUGGAACCAACUGCAACAGUCAAUUCUUAUCUUAAGAACAUAUUCAGACUAUCACCUGGAUUCUGCUUUGCAGAUGGACUUGCAUCAAUUGCCCUUCUACGCCAAGGGCUGAAAGAUAAAUCCAGCCAUGGGGUUCUUGACUGGAAUGUUGCUGGUGCCUCAAUCUGCUAUCUAGGUUUCGAGAGCAUCUUCUAUUUCCUUGUAACGCUUGGACUUGAAGUUCUACCUCCUCGCAAAUUAACUCCCGUUACAAUAGAUUUUUGCUGGAGAAAAUUAAAGACUUUGUGCCGUGCGAGCAACAACAGUGUUUUAGAGCCUUUAUUAGCUUCAUCUUCUGAUACUUUGGCUCUUGAACUUGAUGAGGAUAUAGAUGUAAAAGCAGAAAGAAACAGGGUGCAUUCUGGUGCUGCAGACAGGGCAAUUAUAUACUUGCGUGACCUACGGAAGGUCUAUCCAGGUGGAGAAGUUCAAAGUCCAAAAGUUGCCGUUGAUUCGUUAACAUUCGCUGUCCAUGAAGGAGAAUGUUUUGGCUUUCUAGGAACAAAUGGAGCUGGAAAGACGACCACGUUGUCAAUGCUAUCUGGAGAAGAAUGCCCUUCUGAGGGAACCGCUUUUAUAUUUGGAAAGGAUAUACGCACAAAUCCAAAGGCUGCGCGUCAGAAUAUAGGGUACUGCCCCCAGUUUGAUGCUUUGUUAGAAUAUUUGACUGUGAGGGAGCAUCUUGAGCUUUAUGCAAGGAUCAAAAAAGUACCUGACAAUCGGAUUGAAGAGGUGGUUAUGGAGAAGGUAGUUGAAUUUGACUUGUUGAAGCAUGUCAACAAACCAUCUUUUACCCUUAGUGGGGGGAACAAGCGCAAGUUGUCCGUGGCAAUUGCAAUGAUUGGAGAUCCUCCUAUAGUCAUACUUGAUGAGCCGUCUACAGGCAUGGAUCCUAUAGCUAAACGUUUUAUGUGGGAUGUCAUUUCCUACCUGUCCACAAGACGAGGGAGAACAGCAGUUAUACUCACUACACACAGCAUGAAUGAAGCACAGGCACUGUGCACCAGGAUGGGAAUAAUGGUUGGGGGCAGGCUGCGAUGUAUCGGAAGUCCCCAGCAUCUGAAGACACGAUUUGGGAAUCAUCUUGAGCUGGAGGUACCAAAUUUCUUCAACCUGAUAGUAACAUGUGAGAAUAUCUGUAAACGUGUCCUUUACUUUCAGGUGAAACCAACGGAAGUAAACUCUGAGCAACUGGAAGCCCUGUCGCUGAUGAUUCAAGAGAAGCUCGCUGAAGUUCCAUCUCACCGGAGAAGCUUACUCGGCGACCUGGAGACAUGCAUUGGGGCUGUUGAUAUCACACUCGACAAAGUGUCUGUGGCUGAAAUUAGCUUGUCAAGGGACUUGAUUGUGAUGAUAGCUCGUUGGCUUGGCAAUGAAGAACGAGUAGGGGCUUUAGUACAUUCAAGUAAUGCAUCUGAUGGACUACUGAGUGAACAGCUAACAGAUCAACUGGUCCGUGAUGGUGGCAUUCCGUUACUGGUGUUCACUGAAUGGUGGUUGACAAAGGAUAAGCUUUCUGUAAUAGAGAAUUUCAUUCUAUCAUCAUUUCCUGAUGCUACUUUCCAGGGGUGCAAUGGAUUAAGUGCCAAAUACCAGUUACCAUUUCGGGAAGACAUAUCGUUGGCUGAUGCUUUCGGUCACAUAGAACGCAACAGAACUCGAGUUGGCAUAGCAGAAUAUAGCAUCAGUCAAUCUACUCUGGAGACCAUCUUCAACCACUUUGCUGCCAACUCAUGAUAAUGUUGCGAUGAAUAUCAAUUUUUUUUGAUGCCGCCUCCUUGUUGGGGCCUGAGGGAAUCUGAAGGUCAGUUUCACUGACAUCCCGCUAUAGGUAGAUACCAUAGUGAUUUGUUUGUAUAAAACUCAUGAUAACUAUUCAGUAGCUAAACAGAAAUUUUGAAUUUGUUUCUCCCUGUAUAAUCACUUAUUAAGUGUAAAACCUUUGGUGUAUAUUAUGAGUAAAGCCAGACGGCAAAUCCGUCUCAUUAGAUAUCAAGAAAUAAAUGAUGUCAAUCCAUUUCAAUUGGUAUCAUGA